AAAUGGCGUCACGUUGUUCGUCAUAUACUGUUUAAUUUUUUGUAAUUCUGUUUGACAAGAAAGAGAAAUAAAUGUCUUUUAUAUACAGUUUUGAAAAUAUACCUUUCAAUUUUAAUAUUGCUUAAAUUAUUAAUUAUUCAGAUUUUUUUUUGUUUUAAUUCCUACAUUGCUACCUCGGUAAUGGCAGUUUCAAAAUCUACAAAUACUUACAAUCGACAAAAUUGGGAGGAUUCCGAUUUUCCUAUAUUAUGUCAAACAUGUCUUGGUGAUAACCCAUACAUUCGAAUGACCAAAGAAAAGUAUGGCAAGGAGUGUAAAAUAUGUGUACGACCAUUCACUGUCUUCCGCUGGUGUCCUGGUGCCAGAAUGCGUUUUAAAAAAACUGAAAUAUGCCAAACAUGUUCUAAAUUGAAAAAUGUUUGCCAAACAUGUCUACUGGACUUAGAAUAUGGAUUACCAAUACAAGUUAGAGAUGCUGCCCUUAAGAUUCAAGAUGACUUACCUCGAAAUGAAGUUAAUAAGGAGUAUUAUAUACAAAAUUUAGAUAAUCAAAUGUCCAAGUUUGAUGCAACGCAGCCCAGCAAUUCUGCAUUGAAAUCCAAAGGAGCAUCAGAUCUAUUGCUGCGUUUAGCUAGAACUGCACCUUAUUAUAAGAGAAAUAGACCUCAUGUCUGUUCCUUCUGGGUGAAAGGAGAGUGUCGGAGAGGUGAAGAAUGUCCAUAUCGCCAUGAGAAGCCUACAGAUCCUGAUGAUCCUCUGGCUGAUCAAAAUAUUAAGGAUAGAUAUUACGGUGUGAAUGAUCCAGUGGCUGAGAAACUGAUGCGUCGGGCAGCUGCCAUGCCAGCAUUACCUCCACCUGAAGACAGAACUGUUACUACAUUGUAUGUAGGGAACUUACCUGAGAAUAUCACAGAGGAUGAACUCAGAGCACAUUUCUAUCAAUAUGGUGAAAUAAGGUCUCUAACUCUGGUACCAAGGGCACAAUGUGCAUUCGUACAGUACACUACCAGGAGUGCAGCUGAGCAUGCAGCAGAGAAGACAUUCAACAGAUUGGUGAUUGGUGGCAAGAGGCUCACAAUCAAAUGGGGAAAAUCUCAAGGACGUCAAGGUAUAAACGAGAAGAAUGAGACUGCACCGGCAUUGGAGCCUGUGCCUGGGCUUCCUGGUACUUUGCCACCGCCGCCAGCCUUCUUACAUCCAUUCCCACCUCAAAUGCCACCGCCACCUAAUCGGCCUAACGACUUCUUUAACCUGCACCACUAUGGCCCCGGCGGGUGGGGCGGCUGGGGCCCGGGCAUGGCGCCGCCGGUACCCCCGCCUCCGGCCCCCGUGGGGCUUCACUACCCCAGCCAGGACCCCAGCCGACUUGGGGCCCAUGCACACGCUAAUGCUCCGCAAACAUAGCAAAUGUAAAGAAACAAAAGUGCCACAUUAUCAAUAAGUCUGUCACAUGUCAUGUAGUGGCUAUCCCGUAUUCAAAGAUUGUGUAGGCGAAUUCAUCCCUCUCAUUACAUGCAACAGGCUCAGAAAUAUUUCUUGUGACAGUUUGUGAGAUGAGAUAAUCAGCAGUGGACUGUGGUUGACGAGAUGAUGUUUAAUUUUGAUAAGAUUAUGAUGUAUAAUUGUUAUAUUAUAACAAUUUAGUUGAUAGAUAAACUAAGAUGCAAGUUAAUUUAGAGAUUCUCCUAAAUUCACUUGGCCGACUUUGAAUCUAAGACCUCAUUUUAAAUCAAUGUAUAUAAGACUGUACCGUCAUACGAUUUUAUAACAAAUUGAUAAAAAUAAGAAUUAUUGAGUUUUUAAUUUUGUUUGCAUACAAAGUUAAGGACUAAAUUUAAACUACUCAAUUUUGUAGUUUUGCCAGGACAAAACCUGUUCUAUGAUAAUAUAAGAUGCAGUCUGUAUAUCAAAUAUCUCAAACAGGUUACAUUAAAAUAAGUUUAAACAGCCUUUACUGGAUGAUUGAUAAGUAUCCAAAAAUUAAAUGACAAAGUUGGGUAGGUAGGGUAAAGUGUGGUAAAUGAAAUUUCAUUGUAAAUACAAGAUAAUAAACAAAUGAAAUGCAUAA